CUUAUUUCAUUGUCCAAGCAACAGUUUUUUCCCCCAAAUUAUAUAAAAAUUAUCAAGUACUCAAAAAUUCAAUCAUAAUUUAAUGGUUUGAUAAGGAUUAACAAUAAAGGUAUACGACACACACGUCUAUAAAUCCCGGGGCUAAGUUUGCAAACCACAAAAAAUUGAGGGCCACAAAUGAUUUUUAAAGAUUUCGAGAAGACAGAGACAGAGAGAAGGAUUCGUAUAAGGCAAAAGCUUUCAAAAACUCUUUUUUCCAUAUAUCCUUUCUUCUAUCUGUCUCUCUCUCUUUUCGACCGGAUCGAUACAGAAGAGAGAGAUGGAGAGAGAAGGAGAACCAACAAUCGGCGGCGUUGCUCCGGCGGUUCCGUCGAAAUCAGCAGAUCCGGGAAAUUCUCUGAGCUUUUGGGAGGUCACGGCAGCUUCCGGCGUCGUUGUAGGCUUUCUAGUGGGACUUGUUUGCGUGUAUCUCACAUUGCCUCAAUCUGAUUACAGUUUCCUCAAGCUACCUCGUAAUCUCGAAGACCUUCAGAUUCUCAGAGACAAUCUUGAGAUUUACACAAGUGAUUACACAGUUCAAGUUCUUGUUGGGUAUUGUCUGGUCUAUGUAUUUAUGCAGACAUUCAUGAUCCCUGGAACCGUGUUCAUGUCUCUGCUUGCUGGUGCUCUCUUUGGAGUAUUCAAAGGAAUGGCUCUUGUUGUCUCCACUGCAACAGCUGGUGCUUCCUCUUGCUACUUCCUCUCUAAGCUUAUUGGUAGACCUUUAAUCUUCUCGCUUUGGCCCGACAAGCUCGUAUUCUUCCAAGAUCAGGUUGCGAGAAGGAAAGAUGGGUUGCUGAAUUAUAUGCUGUUCUUGAGACUAACACCAACAUUGCCUAACACGUUCAUUAAUGUUGCUUCUCCAAUUGUUGAUGUUCCUUACCAUAUCUUCUUCCUCGCUACAUUCAUCGGUCUGAUCCCUGCUGCUUAUGUCACUGUCCGGGCUGGGAUUGCUCUUGGAGAGCUACAGUCAUUGGGAGAUCUCUAUGAUUUCAGCUCGAUGGCGACUCUGUUUCUCAUCGGUGUGCUCUCAGUGACUCCCACUUUGAUUAGCAAGAAAAAGGCGUAGUAGAAGAAGAUCAAUGGAAACAUAACACAAAGCCUUCUCAUGAUGACGAUGAUGAGCGAAUUUCAAAAAGCCUUAUUUGUGUAUAUAUCAUUUAGAAUCCUAGGACCAGUCACCAAUAUCAAAACCCACCUUUUCUCUACAUGUUCUUAGUAAUUCAAAAAUCAAAAUGUACUAGAAUACAUCUCAGACGGGUUUCAUGGGCCUUUUGACAAUAUGUUUAUGGGCCUAGUUUAUAACCAAAAUUAUCCAUAAAAUUGGUCUGAACCUGAAAUUUUCUUUGCUUGGGUUUCAA